CGCCUCCCUCCCACCACGACCAUCCCUUUCACAUCGCGCUUGUCAACCGGUUCGACGUGCUGUCAGACUUGCUCAUCUUGACGCUGUUGCUGCGCUGCUCUGCGUGGCGGCCGUGGCGGCAUCGGGUCCAGCAGCAGGGCAAGUCGUCGCGGCGCCUCACAUCCGCACGCUCUUCACCCAUGCCGGCCACGGGUCAGCUGCCGCUCGGCCGCGCACAUGAUGCCGCGCUGCGUGUGCCGUGCAGCGCAGACGACCCGGACCUCGGCGCAUGGGAGGCACCGCGCCCCGAGGACGCACGCAUGACGUGGGAGGACAUCCAGCAGAUCUGCGCUGCCGGCGACCUCGACCACCUGCUCCGCGCCAAGGACCUCGAGGCACGCUACCUCGCGUGGGCGACGCGCAUCCGGGCGCGCUGGGGCGGCGUCGAGGCGUACGUGCGCGGCGUGCGGCUCGGCUGGGCGAGCGACGACGUAGGCGUGCCGGCGCCGGCGCUGGGCGACGACCACUUCCGCGACACCGCCGACGAGGACCGCGUCAAGCGCCUGCCAAACGACUGGCCGUACGCGGUGCCGGCGGGCUGCGAGCACUGGGUGGUGUGGUCGCGCCUGCCCAUCUACUCGCCCUCGCUCUUCCAGACGCCCGACUCGCCCUUCGCCGCGGGCGCAGCGCGCGAGGCGCUCUACGCAGCCGUCUCGCACGACGGCAUCCGCGGCCUGACUGGCAGCGCUGCGAGCUCGUCGCCACGGGUCAUCGGCCUCGCGACGCGCGAGUAUCUCAGUGCGAGUCCUCUGGUGCAGACGGCGCCGCCGAGCGGCGCCUCGCCGCUGUUCAGUAGCGUUCCACUCCCGUCGACCGACCCAGCAGCGCCGACGCUCGCGCCUCCGACGCUCGAGUCCGCGACGGAUCUCGCCGAGCGCGCCCACGCCUGGGCCGGCCGCUUCGUGCAGGCGUACGUGCGGCGCGUGUGGGACGAGGCGCAGUGGGAGACGGCGUGGUUCUGCAACCCGCCGCACCUGCGCACGGUGCCGGGCCUGAGCCACUUCCACGUCAUUGCGCGGCGCAAGAGCACGCACGCCGCAGCGCAGACCUGAGCUCAAUCUUCGGCAAUGGACGGCACAUGGACCUGCACGGGGCAAAUCGGCACACCGGGACUGACUUACUAAUACACUCUGCCGUCCGAUCUGAGUGGAGGGGGACACGUCGCAUUGGUCGCAUGAGGGGGCGUACAAGUACAUUGGUGUGCGGAAGGGGCGGCCGCCGGGGCCUCACUGGAUGCUCUCGCGCUGGGAGGAGGGCGAUCAGCUGCAGCGCGUCACACGCUCUGCGACACACCACGAGACGCACCUCGAUGAUCGACUUUUGCUGGGCGUUGCGCGAGCAACUGCACGAGGAGGGUCAGCGUGGUGCAGACGAGGCCACUCCCAAUGUGCCGCACCGCCAGUAGUACUCCAGACUGUCGCUCUGGCCCAGCAUCGUGAGAAACUCUGCGCGCAGACAGUCAGCACGGGUCGCGCAGCGUCGGCGCCCGGC